AUGUCAUUCUCACAGCACCGCCGUGAGCUUCACGUGCAUUUAGCUAACACCACGCCGGCUUACCCCAAGCCUGCUAGGAUUGCCAACGUUAGGCCCCGACUUAGGCCCCGCCGCCGAGGGAGAUCUUCUAGCAACAUUCAGGAGCGUAUCAGUCGAGACCAAAAGAUUAGAACCGAAUACCUCACGCGCUUUGGUCGACGUGGCGUGCAGUCAGCUGCUGUUGCAGCCCGAGGGGCAGUCCGACGCGAAAGCCAGCCGUCCGUUGAGUUCGUUACUUCGCCGCCGAGAAUCCGCCAGGGCCGCCCCAACCAGCCAUUUAUUGUAGACGAUAUAUACCCCUCCGAGGAGCUCAAUAAGCUCGACUAUCUCUCCCGUCUGGAGCUCAAGGAAGCAUCCGGCCCGUAUCCCAACAGUCACUGGCGAUUGAAGAACCGCCCACACGCUAUCUUGGACGAUAGCCAGCAUAACAACGAACUCGCUAUCCCCCAUGAACCAGUUCGACGAAAGCGUCGAGCGUCAUCAAACGAGUUGGACCUAGCCGCUGGCACAUUACAUGCCAUCUUUUCCGGCAGUCCCCUCGAUAUCAAUCACCAGGCAGCUCGCCUCGAAGACGACGUCCCUGGCCUCGAAGACGACGUCCCUGACGUCGAUAUGCACACUGAACCAACAGGACUAGUACAAUCGGUCUUCAGUAUGUUUUCUAGCGUGGCGCAUGCCUUGACUGGCUUUGGCCAGACAAUCACGCGUUACAUCUCAAAUCCUUCUCAAGAAGUCGUCGAGACUCGCCAGGAAAGACCUGAUGGCAAUGUUGUCAACAAACGACGAAAGCUCAACCAGCCCAAAGAAUAUGAAGGCGAAGUCCAAUGGGCCUCCGACGAAAAACUGGAAGGCCUCGAGGCUUAUUGCACAAGACUCCAAUCCACGCUCUCAUAUUUCUCGCGGAUGAAGAUAGAUUCGAAGCCCGGCUUGCGAAGCAAAGUCAACGACCAACUACGUCCAAUUGGCACUCUGCUUGCUGGUUCAAUCGGCAACCCUACGCCCAUCAUGUGUGGGAAAACCUUGCCUCGGAGUCACUGUGACCUGUAUACUUUAUUCCUUGACCAGCUUUUUGAACUCCUACCUAGAGUGUAUGAUUGGCGCAAGAUUUCUGAACUGAAAGCUUUUCAUGGUCCGACCCUUCACCCACGAUUGGACCUUGGAUUUUCCCCUCUCGAUUUAGACGCCCUGUUUCACAUCAAAUCCGUCUUCUCGUUUCAAUCUAUCUUCUACAUCUUAGCCGACUUGACAACCAAUUACGAAUACCUGCCUCGAACCACUGUCGAUAAGACUACCAUGCGCUUUAUUGAUCGCCUUCUUCUGGACAUCGAUGCCAUCUUCGAAGGGCUUAUACCACCAAGCUACCUUGACUCACCAGAUUAUCUCAAAGAAAUGAUGACUAGAUUUCCGGCGCCAGUCCGUGGACCUCUAGUCCAGGAAAUGCCCGGCACGUUCCCAAAUGAAUUACCACGGAGCACACCCCGCCCGACUAGUGCUCCAUCUGAGGUCCCUCACUCACCGGAACCCGUGCAGGAGCCCCCCCCAAAACCAAUCGCAGACAAUGCUGGCGCACCUACUCAAGUAGCCAUCUCAAGAGCUACCGACACAAGCAAGGGGGAACCUGGCCGCACAUUACGCAUCUCCAAGAAGGGCUUGAGAUUCCCAGAUGUUCGUCCAGCUUCGUCCAUACUUAGGGACUCACCCUCACCACCUUCUUCCCCUAUCUUCUGGCGUUCUUAUUACCAACCACUGCCUGUGUCACCACACCCCGCGGCUUCUAAGAAAGAACCUUUCGCUGGAAUAGAGCAGAAAACGUUCCGCAAUCUCGAUGCCCUUUUUUCAGAUUCAGGCCCGAUAUCUCUACAGUUGAGCGACCUUGCUAGUUCCGCUCUCGCACAGAAACGGGAGGAGGAAGCUAGAAUCGCAGCGGAAGCAGCGGAAGCAGCAGAACGGGCUGCGGCAGAGAAAGCCCGGAUUGAAUUGGAAGCUCGCCUGGCUCUGACCGGCGGCCUUCGUGUCCCUCGACAAAAGUUUGUGCCGUCAUUAUCUGGAGUCUGGAACCGAAAGGUCCGUGAGACGCUGACCUCAGCACCAACCACCUCGCUCACCACGACCGUUGAGGGUAUUGACCUCAGACGGCAUGACUUUGCCAAGGUUGUUCCGGAGACUGAGUGGCUUAACGACGAGAUCGUAAACGGCUCACUGAUGUGGCUUGACCAGGCAAUCAACUCGGCUGCUGGCAUUAAGGAUGUGAAGAAGCAGACUCGUAAAUGCUUGACAAUGAGUUCCUUCUUCUUCAAGCAGUUAAGGGAAAAGGGGAUUGGACGAACGCAACGCACAUUGAGACGCUACGGCGUCGAGAAACGAAACUUCCUUGACAUUGAUACCAUCUUAAUGCCCAUUUGCGAGCGUUCCCACUGGACACUUCUGGUUGUCCGGCCCUCUAGGCGCACCGUAUCCCAUAUGGACUCCAUGAGGCCUGUUGGCUCUCCUCUGAACACGAACCUCGCCUUGGCAUGGAUCAAGAAUGUUCUAGAGGACGCAUUUGUUGCUGAAGAGUGGACUGUCGUUAAGCACGAAGCACCCCGGCAGACGAAUGGAUGGGACUGCGGCGUUCAUACAAUCACAAACGCCAUGUGUGUUGCCCUUGGGCUGAACCCCAUCGACUCUUAUUCCACCGAAGAUAUGCCCCUCCAGCGCCUGCGAAUCGCAAGUGUGUUGCUGAACCGAGGGUUCAGCGGGGAUUUUGACCUAGGAGUGUUUUGA